AUGCAGCUGAAUGUGAUGAAUAGCAUCACGGCGACCGCCGCCAGCAUCGGCGCAGCGGGCAUCCCUCAGGCCGGCCUGGUUACCAUGGUGAUCGUACUGACAUCAGUGGGCCUGCCGCCAGAUGACAUCACACUCAUCGUGGCCAUCGAUUGGAUCCUGGACAGGUUUCGGACCAUGAUCAACGUCUUGGGAGACGCUCUGGCGGCGGGAAUCAUCGCCCACCUCUGUCGGAAAGACUUCCCCCGCGGCGGGACAGGAAAGGCAUAG